AUGUCUUCCAACAAUGAUUUAGAGUUUUCGGGCACCAUACAAGAUUCCAUCUCGAAAAGAACAGAUAUCUUGCACUCUGUAAUCGAUAAUUUCGGCCUUAAUUCCGUACAAACACUUCCGGCGCGCAUGAUUGGUGUGGGAAAAUUCGAUUCUAAGACUACUGAAACCGCCGAUGAUGAAAAGAGAUUCAACAUCACUGUCGCAGGAGAAAGAGUUACGGUGAUCACUAAUGGGGGUGAUUUUGGUUUAUUUGUGUGGUUUCCAACCGAAAUCAAAAUGAAAAUAUGGAAAUACGCAUUCGAAGCUCCAAGAAUCGUUUCCCUUUCAUUCAAGAAUGUAAAACAUAAUUCCUCGUGCUGCGGUCAGCUUCAAUAA